CUCGAGCCGUCAGUGUGUGAGAGAAAGCAGUGUGAGUAAGGUCUGUGUCGAGUGAGAUGGUUAUAUAGACUGUGAUUACAAUGUCUAAUCCACAGAGACGCACAGGAGCUAUGAAAAUACGGCUCACCAUUUUGGGCGCGAAGAAUCUGUCCAAGAAGGAUUUUUUUCGACUACCAGACCCUUUUGCCAAGAUCUGCGUAGAAGGGUCUGGUCAGUGCCAUUCCACAGACACCUGCAGGGCCACGCUCGACCCCAAGUGGAACCAGUACUAUGAUCUGUAUGUGGGGAAAGGGGACGGCAUCCACAUAUCCGUCUGGAACCGCAGAAAGAUCCACAAGAAGGCUGGUAGUGGAUUCCUGGGCUGUGUCCGAAUCGUCGCAUCUGCCAUCCACAGGUUAAAGGACACAGGAUAUCAGUGUUUGGACCUCACACGUGCUGGGAAUGAGGACUGCGAACCAGUUCGAGGUCAGAUCGUUGUGUCACUCAUGUCCAGGGAUGGACGAGGCACUGGCUCUCACAAUGCUGUUGUCGACACACUAGGAAAUCUCUCCUCGCCUGACGAUCUGCCUGAGGGAUGGGAAGAGAGAAGAACUCAGAAUGGCAGAUUGUAUUACGUCAACCAUCAUGACCGAACCACAACAUGGGAGCGUCCUACUGUACCAGCACAUGUUAUGCCGGGUGACAGCAGCAGUGUGGUGGCUUCUCCAAGCAGACUCUCCACCUCGUCCAUUACUAUUAGCACAUCAAAUUCAAGCACAACUGCCACUAUGUCCUCCUCUACUGUUGGGGUUGGAAAUAUCGUCCUCAGUAAUCCAAACACUAGUUCAUCGGAUGUUCCGCCGGAAGGAACGCCUGUCAGAAGGGACCCUAGAGAACACAGAAGAAGCAGAGCAGAUAGCAUAGAACGCCAGAGUCAGAGGGAUUCUGCAGAGUCAAGACGCAAUCCUGAUUCUGUCAGAAGACGGUCAGCUCGUCACCGUCACUACCUUUCACGCAAUCAGCUUCACCAACCUCCAGAUUUGCCGGAGGGUUUUGAAAUGCGAACAACACAACAAGGCCAGGUUUAUUACUACAAUGUUAACCUGGGUACUUCUACGUGGCACGACCCCAGAGUGCCAAGAGAUUUAGGCCAUAUUAAUAUAGAUGAACUAGCUCCUCUUCCCCCUGGUUGGGAACUUAGGCAUACUGCUAGUGGACGGCCUUACUUCUUGGACCACUGCAAUCGCACCACACAGUUUACCGACCCCAGACUUUCAAACAGUCACAUACUCAGCAAUAUUUUAAGGUCACGUAAUGAGAGCAAUAGAUCAAGUGUUAUUGAAAAUAGCAAUAAUAGUGAGUGCAGAAUUGGAAACAGUGAAACUAGUAGUAGUAUUCCCAAUAACAGAAGUAAUAGUAGUAGGAGAAAUAGUGCUUCACGUAGCAGAGGACCAUCACCGGAAGCUAAUUCAAAUGCAGAAACUGUCAGUAGCAGUAGCCCCCCUCCUAAUAAUGAAGAACCUAAUAAUUCGGUCAAUAGCACACCUGCCAGUCCAACUGUUGUUCCUACUAGUGUUAGUAAUAGUGUGAGCAGUGAAGGAAGUGGUGUUAAUACUAGUGUAAAUAGUACUGUUAAUAGUAGUAACAAUCCUGUGGUGCUUCAGAAUAACACCACCAACCUACAAAUCAGCAGUAAUAACAAUACCAAUGCUCCUAAAGACCCAACUGUGAUAGACGUUGAAAGUGAAUGUCUCCCAAAAUACAAGCGUGAUUUAGUGGCCAAAAUGAAAGUGUUGCGUGCAGAAUUGCAGUGCUUACAACCCCAGAGUGGGCAUUGUCGUUUAGAUAUUCCACGUGGGGAAAUAUUUGAAGAGUCUUAUCGCCAGAUUAUGAAGAUGAGACCCAAAGACCUUAGGAAAAGACUUAUGGUUAAAUUUAAGGGAGAAGAAGGUCUAGAUUAUGGAGGUGUUGCUCGUGAAUGGUUAUACCUCUUAUCACAUGAAAUGCUCAAUCCUUAUUACGGACUUUUCCAGUAUUCUCGAGAUGACAUCUACACUUUACAAAUCAAUCCAGACUCAAGUAUUAAUCCAGAACAUCUCUCAUACUUUCACUUUGUGGGUCGCGUAAUUGGAAUGGCCGUGUUUCAUGGCCAUUAUAUUGAUGGAGGCUUUUCUAUGCCAUUCUACAAAAUGUUACUUAAUAAGCUCAUUGUUUUGGAUGAUAUAGAAGCGGUUGAUCCUGACUUGCAUCGAUCUCUCAACUGGAUGCUGGAGAAUGUAAUCACCGAUAUUAUUGACACUACAUUUACUGUAGAACAUGACUGUUUUGGUGUACUUCAGAAGAAGGAACUCAAACCAGGUGGCAAUAAUGUUAUUGUCACUGAGGAUAAUAAAAAGGAAUAUGUUAGAUUGUAUGUUAACUACAGGUUCAUGCAGGGUAUUGAACAUCAAUUUGGAGCUCUCCAGAAAGGUUUCACAGAGGUUGUACCGCAACAUUUGUUGAAGCCUUUUGAUGAGAGAGAGCUAGAGUUGAUAAUUGGUGGACUAGGAAAAAUUGACAUUGAAGACUGGAAAGCAAACACAAGAUUAAAACACUGUACACCAGAAACACCAGUUGUGGGAUGGUUUUGGCAAAUAGUGGAUUCUUAUACUGAGGAAAUGAGAGCAAGGUUACUUCAGUUUGUAACAGGUUCAUCUCGUGUUCCAUUGCAAGGCUUCAAGGCCCUCCAAGGAUCCACUGGUGCUGCAGGCCCACGACUUUUCACCAUUCACCAGAUUGACGCUCCAACUGAGAACUUGCCAAAGGCCCACACAUGCUUCAAUCGUAUUGACCUUCCUCCUUACGAGUCGUAUAGUAAAAUGCUAGAGAAGUUGACUCAAGCUGUGGAAGAGACAUGUGGGUUUGCUGUAGAGUAAAUUAUACGGGUUUAGUGUUGGAAUUCCAAACUAGUAAAUACUUCUAAAAAUUCAAUAAGCAAAAAGUUUAUUUAUACUGUAUAUUAUAUAUUUUGACUAUGUGAAUGUUUUGGUGAAUUUGUAUAGAUGUAAUGGGUACUAUUCAAUAUUUUGAAAAUUUUUAGUUGAGAAAGUGUUGACUGGAGCGCAUUAAUUACUAUGCUGUUUUAAGCAUAGCUGUGUUUCUAUACAUUCUUUUUUUUUUGUACGUGCUGUUGGUAUUUUUAUUGAAAAUUUUUAUGUAGAACAUACUCAAGUAGAAGGUAAUUGUGGUUUAUGCCUUUUCCAAAUAGAGGAUACAGUUUACAAGGAAGAAAUGCCAGUGAACUAAAAGAGACUUGUGUCUUCCACCACUUUUAGUGGUGUUUGUUGUUUUCCAGGAAGGACUGAUAAAAUUAAUUUUACUGGUAUACACAGUAUACCUUUUAGUCAUGAUGAUAAACUGUGAUAAAGUGUGAAUUCCAAUUGCAGGACACUCAUUUCCUAAGUUUACAUGCUCUUGAGAGUAUUGUUAAUUAUUGUUGAAAGUGAAUACUUGUUACCCUGCCUUUCACAAGGUUAAAUCUACAGUCACAUCUAUCAGCUUGUUGUAGUGAAUAUUGUGUUUGUACUGCUCACUUGGAGGAAAAAUGGCAUUCCUUGUUGCAGUACUGCUCUUGGGUAUAAAAAUCUAGUUUUGUGAAGCUUGCAUCGGAUUUUUGGUGUAAGACUGUUGCUUCCAAAUUUAUUACAUAACUAGGAUUUCAGUACUGUAAAUAAUUAUCUAGUACAUAUCUGUGUAUAGAGAGCAUAUUUAUUGAAGCUGUUUGCAUUGUUUGAAAUGAACUUAAGCUUUUUAAAAAGUGAACUUCAGUGAUGCUCAUAUAUUAAUAAAUAUGUUACAGUUUGUCAAAGUGGAAAAGCUAACUCUGAUUUUGUUACAUCACAGCAAAAUGCAAAAAUUUUGCCAAGAUCAAAAUAGCAAUGUGGUUCACUGAUACCGGUGUUUUCAUUUACUGGCUUAAGAAAGAAAAACUGAGUUAUGAAAAGCCACUUUAAUCUGUGACUCCAAAUGACAGAAAGUUUCCGAAUCUCUCUAUACCCUUAUUUGUGGUGCCUCAUCAUCCUAACUAUAGUCAUUCUGUUUACCCGGACUAUCGGAAACAUUUUGUAAGUUUGAUUUAUGCGUCAAUAAAGGUAUUGCAACAUACAGUUCUGAAACUUGUUGCCAUUUUUAAUAGGUUAAGGCAUAUACUGUAAACUUAAACCUUUUCAUGUUCAUCAUUGUAGAUACUCAUAUCCAUCAUUGUGGUUGACAUGACAUGCUGGAGCUGCCAUUUUCGCAUCAGUAUUUAGAUAUCAAAAAUGUACAACUGUGAUCGAAAGUUGAGAUUCUGUUGUGAAUUAGUGCAUUCCAUCUUUUUUUGUCAUUCCAAUAAGAAAAUAUCCUACUAUGCAUGUUUUGAGUAGUGCUUUUAAAGAAAUGCAAAGAGAAAUGUGGCAUUUUAGGAGACUCCAAGAUCCUUUAUCUGUUAGUUAUGAAAUUAAAUAGCUGUAUCAUUUAUACAAGAAAUCUUCUUCAACAUCAAAUUAGUUUUUUAAGCCUUUAAAAUUCUGUUCAUAAAAUGUUUACUGGUAGGGGCAUUUUAAGAUUUGAUUGACAGCUGGGGCAUUAAUAAAUGUUAAAUUUCAGAACUGUUACAUUUCAAAACAGGUUUCAUGAAUAUACUUCACUGUCAUUAGUAUGUGAUGUGUGACUAAUGUGAUGAAGUGUCAUAUUUCUUUUAGAUGAUACAGCAUCAGUGUAAAUUUCCAUUGAACUGUAUUGGUUUGUAUCAUUGCAUACAUUGAGUUUAUAUACCACAUGGAUGUUCAUAGCAUUGAUGACAAAUGUAAACCCAAGUACAGGCAUUGUACAUAUCAUUUUUAAAGAAGUAAAAAAAUACUCACCAGACAAUCUGGAAGACUUUUAUGGUUAAAUAUAUUUUUUGCAUACUGCACAUUUGCUGAUUAUGCCAAACGUGUGUGAAAAAUUAUAUCCUUUUGUUCAGGAUACCCCCCAAAAAUUUAUGGCAGGCAGCCAGUCAUGUUUUUAGUUGUGCUAAAAGAGAUUAUUUAGGAUUUUUAAUAAAUUUGUAAAUUACA